CUUUCACUGGAGAUCAAACGCCGGAGUACUCACGAACCAAGCAAACAGACAUGGCAGAAAACGCCGACUUGGAUAACCACCGUAUCAAGAGCUUCAAAAACAAGGGACGCGAUGUCGAGACUAUGAGAAGACAUCGAAAUGACGUGACAGUGGAACUGAGAAAGAACAAACGAGACAAGCAUCUACUGAAGAAGAGGAACGUCCCACAGGAGGACAGUCUUGAGGACUCCGACAUAGACUCUGACUUCAAAGGGCAAAACAUCACACUAGAAGUCAUGUUGCAGAACGCCACCAGUGAUAACGCUGUGCUCCAGCUCAGUGCCGUACAGGCUGCCAGAAAACUCCUCUCCAGUGACAGAAACCCUCCCAUUGAUGACUUGAUAAAGUCGGGCGUCCUGCCCAUCCUAGUCAAAUGUCUCGAGAGAGACGACAAUCCGUCUCUCCAGUUCGAGGCAGCCUGGGCCCUGACCAACAUAGCGUCUGGUACUUCACAACAGACCCAGGCUGUGGUCAAAUCCAAUGCUGUUCCCCUGUUCCUGCGACUGCUCCACUCUCCCCAUCAGAAUGUGUGUGAACAGGCUGUGUGGGCACUAGGCAACAUCAUAGGCGACGGGCCACAGUGCAGGGAUUACGUCAUAUCCCUGGGCGUGGUCAAGCCCCUGCUGUCCUUCAUUAACCCCUCCAUCCCCAUCUCCUUCCUCCGCAACGUCACCUGGGUCAUCGUCAACCUCUGUCGCAACAAGGAGCCACCUCCCCUCAUGCAGACUGUACAGGAGAUUCUUCCAGCUCUGUGUGUUCUUCUAUACCACACAGAUAUAAAUAUCCUGGUGGACACGGUGUGGGCUCUGUCCUAUCUGACUGAUGGUGGGAACGAGCAGAUUCAGAUGGUGAUAGACUCUGGCGUAGUCCCCUUCCUCGUUCCUCUGCUCAGCCACCAGGAGGUCAAAGUUCAGACUGCUACGCUGAGGGCAGUAGGCAACAUCGUGACAGGGACAGACGAGCAGACGCAGAUGGUUCUCAACUGUGACGUCCUCUCCCACUUCCCCAACCUGCUCACACACCCCAAAGAGAAGAUCAACAAGGAAGCAGUGUGGUUCCUGUCCAAUAUCACGGCUGGGAACCAGCAGCAGGUUCAGGCUGUGAUCGACGCAGGACUCAUCCCCUUGAUUAUCCACCAACUGGCCAAGGGGGACUUUGGGACUCAGAAGGAGGCAGCGUGGACCAUCAGCAACCUCACCAUCAGUGGCCGGAAAGACCAGGUGGAGUACUUGGUACAGCAGAAUGUAGUCCCUCCUUUCUGCAGCCUGCUUUCAGUGAAGGACUCCCAGGUGGUCCAGGUGCUCCUAGACGGCCUCAAGAACGUCCUCAUCAUGGCCGGGGACGAGGCUAGCACCGUCACUGAGAUCAUAGAGGAGUGUGGAGGUCUGGAGAAGAUUGAGAAUCUGCAGCAACAUGAGAAUGAAGAGAUCUACAAACUAGCCUUCGAGAUUAUUGACCAGUACUUCUCAGGCGACGAUAUUGAUGAGGAUCCCAGUUUGAUUCCUGAAGCCACCCAAGGAGGGACCUUCAACUUUGACUCCACCUCCAGCCUGCAGAAGGAGUUCAAGUUCUAGGAGCCGGUCCAUCCAGCUUCACUAGUACUGUCUAACCCACCCCAGACAUUCAUCCAUCUAUCUCUCCUCCUAUCUGGCAACCUAAUACAGAAGGAUUGAACCCACCUACUAGCAUCACUAUUACUCCAACAUGGCAACCCACCUUGCGAUUGAAGGAUUCACCCACCAACUCCACAAUACACCACCUCUGCACUGAAGGGUUACUUAAAACUACCACCUGCCACCACAACCUGGCAACCCAAUACAAACGGGUCCAGGUAAUUCAUCCAGCACCAGUACAAUCUGGCCACCCGUGUGGGGAGGAUCUCAGGCAAUCUUAGCAAAUGCUUUGAAAUGUCACGUGAAAAUCACAAAGGAAGAAAAAGCCUUUUGAGGCAAUAUUUUUGAAUUGCCAAAUGUCACAACUACACACAUGCACACACGCACAAAACACACAGUUGAAGACACUUGGGAAUAAUUACUGUGCAUAUUUGUAAAAGAAAACAAUAUCACAGACUGGGAAAGGAUACUGCUGUUUAUUUGCGGUUUAUUUUUGUGCUUCACCUCUGGAUUGUCCCCUGGUCGUGGACACGCUCGCUCGCUCGCUCUCCCUCUCCCUUGAUGUCCGAGUGCCCCCAAUUAAAGAUGUUGACCACAGAGCGAAACAAUGAACAGGCAUGGACCCUGUCCCCCUCCCCAAAGUCCUAGGACAGGAAGAGGCGGGAUUUAGGCAGGAAGAGGUUUUUAGGCAGACUGACUGACAAGACAUUUUGACUCACUUUAUUUUUAUUUUUUAUUUUUGCUUUUGACUUCUCUUGAAUCAUGAGUUAUGGAUUUUUAUUUAUAAAAAAAAUACAUGUAAUUAAAAAUAUAUAUAAUGCUGCAAAACUGGUUCAUAUAAGUAUAUAAUUGUUUUGCAAUUUUGCUCUAAUUCAGGGGAGAGCAAAAUAAAAAAGCUUCAUUUUUUUCAGGUCUGGCAACCUGAGGUUGGAGGAAAACCACAGAGAAUGGUAGAGGACUCUAGGGCCCAAAAGCUAAUUUUAACAUGGGCAACUCCAUUGAAGACUUUCACCAUUUUAAACCAAGAUGGUGGAUAAAUAAAAAUGGGUCACUCAGGCUGUUUACCAUUGGAAAAAAUUUAAUGGGGUGGCUCUCCCAUAGACACCAGUGCGUAGCAGCUGAGUCUGGUCUACUUAGUUCAUUGACUACCAUUGGAAAAAGAGAGAGUGGGAUGUCUCGCUUCUAGUCAACUGGGUGGGACUUCUUAUGGGUUAAGGAAGGCUCACAUAAUUCCAUCUAGGUCAUCAGCCAAUGAAUUAUACUCGUGAGUAAACAUUUCAUAACUGCAGGUGGCAGCCAACCUUGGCUUAAUACCUGUUCAAACAACACACUACAGGUGUCAGUAUGCACCCUUUUAGUUUGUUUACAAACUCAUAGAAGUAUUAGAAAAUGUACUACUUCAAAAUGGAGAUGGCCUCAAUGGCGCUGCCCAUUCUCUCACAGAUGCCAUAAUGGGACCGGUACAAUGAUGCAAUGUCCAUGAGGAAAACACUGUAGCCCUGUUUCCCAGAGGACAUGAAAUCCUGCUGCAGAAAUGAUGUCACUUCCUGUGUAGAGCAGGUAGUGAUGUCAUAGGUCUCGCAGACAUUCCUUGCAUUAACUAAUGGUUGUGUGCCACGUCAUCGACUGACAGAUUGCUGUAACACAUGAGUUGGUUAGCUGAUAUGUAAAAUACCUGUCCAGACUUUGUAAGAUCCAGAAUGCAUCAAACACCUUGUCAGAACUCCAACAGAAGAGUUGACUGUGAAAAUUAAAACAAACUUAUAUUUGGCAACAACAACAAAAAGUAUUACCCCAUUCUUAUAAAAAAUGUGUAUUUUAUGUUGAAAUAGAAAAUAUUGCAAGGUUUGUCUUUUUCUGGUCCAGGUAUAGAACAUGACUGAGGCCUCUAGUGGCUAAAUGUCAUAUUAGAAUGAGCAGAGCCAUUGAGGGCUUCCACAAUUUUAAUGUAGUCAACUGGGUGGAACUUCCAAAUUCAUUGGCUUAGCCCUCCUGGUGACCCUGUUGGAGUAAUGUCCAACUGGGUCAUCAGGAGGGAACAGCCAAUAUUGACUACUUUUUAAAAUGGAGAUAGCAGGGGUGGCGCCAUUGAGGCAAUCACAGAAAUGGCACAGAAACAAAGAGGAGUCCUCUAUCUCUCUAGGUCAAGUAUGUGGAGCCUCCAGGUUUACUAUUUUUACUUUUAGAUUUUCUUCUGUCUUAUGCACAUGUCUGAGUAUACAUUUUUUCUCUCUUCCUGCGGAAAGAAGACAGGACUAACAGAGGAUAGAACAUGACCUCUGACCUAUACAGAACUUUAUUUUAAUUUUUUUAAAUGAGGUCACAGUUCAUAAGCAUCCUGAAUAAUGUGUAUCUCUCUUAAACUCGUCUUUUGAGAAUAUAUAUAUUUCCAUAAAGCCUGUACAAAGCUGCUGCAGCUGAACAGUCAUUGUUGAAACGGACUCACUCUGCAGAACGAUAACAUUGGCUACUUAUUGUCAGAGAUGGACGGGGAGGUUGUUCCUAUGACGUUUUGGGUUUUUUGUUUUUGAUUUUCAUUCAUUUUUUUUUUAACAUUCAUAAUGUGUUGUGAUGACAUGCUGAUGAACCUGAGAACAGUUAUGUCUGUCUGUAGGGACAGACUGUGUCUUUGUACCGUCCAAGAGCCAGUCCCAGUUUGUUUCCAGGAUCUAGGAAGUGUGAGGGCUAACGCUAACCCAAACCCCUGGUCCCUUGUCUGAACUUAUGUUCCUCUGUUAUGGCCCGUUCAAACAGCGCACAGCAAAAGCCGGGAAGGAUUUGUAAGGAGUGGGUUUGGAAUAGGGGGGUGUUCAAAGCAGCCCAGGCUUGUUUGGGAACCAAUAGUUUAUUACUGAUGAACAAAACCCUAGAGGGUGUCGUGAACUGUCCCUAGACGGACCGAGCCACUUUAACGGAUUACAAUUUCUUUGUCUUGUAUCAGAAAACGAUACAAGCUUAUGUUUGUUGCAAGAUUCUUACUUGCCAGAGAAAAGUUGUUUUUAAAGAACUUAAUAAAAUGUCAAGUGUUUUUCAUUUAUACAUUUUAGAUUGAAUUCUUCUCUUUUAAGGUGGCUCGCUAAUGCUUUCAACUCUUGUGCACAUUAAAGACGUGAGUGGAAAUUCA